AUGCCCCUCAUACCUAUUAACAUACCCCCUCUCCAGCUGCUCGACGAACGGCAGCAGGCUCUUGGGGAAAGCGUCGAGCACGGGGUACGCGGGGUUGCCGAAGGCUGCGGAGGUGAGGGAUUCGACGGAUGUCUUGAGUUUUUGGAGCAUUCCGGGUACCUGGUGGUCGAAGUGUUUUUGCUCGGACAGGUGGGAGAGGAGAGUUUGGAGCUGGGAGUGGAUGGACUGGAGUUGGGGGGAGUAUUGGGAGGAUGGGAGAUGUUUGGGGAGGUCGGCGGAGAGGCGAGGGAUUUGUCGGAGAGGGAUUGGAAUUUGGCGUGGUGGGUGGUGGAUGCAGCUGACUUCUCAUAA